AUGGUAAUUUUGUAUAUUUCUUCUUAUGGGCAUGGCAACAAAACCUUAUGGGGAUGUUGUAUUGGUGCUGGGGGUGUGUUAAGAGACAGUAAUGGCAAUUGGAUUUCUGGUUUUGCUGCUAGUUUGGGAAAUGGCUCUGUUCUGGACGCUAAAGCAUGGGGUUUACCCUUGGAUUUAAAGAUGGCUUACACUUCCCAAUGCACUUCGCUCCUUAUUGAAUCUGAUUCUAAUGUUAUUGUUCAAAUGUUGAAGAAAGGGGUUGAUGAUUUGCAUCCUUUAUACAGUGUGCUUGGUAGAUGCAAAUUUUUGAUGGACAAGCUCUUUAUGUGUGAUGUCUCACAUGUGCACAGAGAGAUCAACAUGGUGGCUAAUAUUCUCUCUAAGUCCAGAUUAAGUUCUGAGUUUGGAGUGCAAUAUUUUCAGCAACCUCCUCCACAAGUUGUUAAUGCUGCUCUUGAUGACUUGUGUGAUACUGCUAAGUUUAAGAAUGUCGCUAGAGCUAUCUAG